AUGGCUGCGGAGCUCACGUCAACGAAACUCAAUGCGGAGAAUCAUCUGCUCUUAGAUCAACCUCUAUUACGAGUCCCUCAUGAACUCGCACGAAGGAACUUCAAAUCUGUCCAACGGCUCGUCGAGCGGGAAAGGGAAUAUGUCCUGCCAGCACUCAAGGAGGCCGCCAAUGCCUCACUGGCAAAUACACAGACGCCAGAUCAGACUCUCGCUGCCCUCGACGCUAUGAUAUCUCGCAUGCAAGGCCUCAAGCGGAAAAUGGAAAGUCUUCAAGAAGAGGAGAAACGAAUUCAGGAACAAUCGCGCAAGCGCAUCCAGCAUUUGGAAUGUCUUCACCAAAUACCAAGCCUUGCGGAUGUGAAAUAUGAUCAGUGGUCUAGAGUACGACUGGAUAGAUUGGUGAUAGAUCAUAUGUUGCGUUCCGGAUACACAGCUAGUGCCCAACAGCUAGCUCAGGAGAAGGGGAUCGUAGACCUGGUGGACCUUGACGUCUUCACGCAGUGUCAACGGAUCGCCCAGAGCCUGCGCCACGGUGAAACAAGAGACGCUUUGCAGUGGUGUAAUGAAAAUAAGGCUGCAUUGAAGAAGAGUCGGUUCAAUCUCGAGUUCGAAUUGCGGUUACAACAAUAUAUUGAAAUUAUCCGGACGGGAGAUCGAGGGAGGUUCAUUGAUGCUAUGGCGCAUGCUAAAAGAUAUCUUACCCCGUAUAUCGAAACGCAGUCGAUGGAGAUCCAUCGGGCAGCAGGCUUGCUUGCCUUCCCACGAGAUACCAAGGCUGAUCCGUACAAGUCGAUGUAUUCGUCUGAUCGGUGGACUUAUCUUUCUGAUCUGUUCAUUCGGACUCAUCAUGAACUUCUAUCAUUAUCCUCACGUCCACUGCUGCAUAUUGCACUAUCCGCUGGUCUAUCGGCUCUCAAGACUCCAUCGUGCCAUUCGGAGUAUACCUCCCCGAGCUCUAACUCCUUGUCGACUACGACAUCUGUAUGCCCUAUAUGCUCAACCGAACUGAAGGAACUCGCGCGCAAUAUGCCAUACGCUCAUCAUGCGAAGAGCUACGUAGAGAAUGACCCGAUCAUCUUGCCAAAUGGCAGAAUCUAUGGCCAGCAGCGUUUGCUAGAUAUGAGCAAGAAGGUCGGAUGUGUCGAAACAGGCAAGGUGAAAGACCCUACUACCGGCGAGAUUUUUGACGAGAGCGAGAUGAAGAAGGUAUAUAUCAUGUAA